AUGUGCGCGCCGGGCAAGCGUGGCAGAUCCGUGCGAGGUUUCUUCAACGCAAUCAGGGACGCGUACAUUGCCCUCACACGUGUCCGAGACCCCAUCGGCCCCAAAGAGAAGGCCAUGCUGCUCCUGCACGACAACAAGAAAUGUAUCUACGUCGGUGCUGUUCAGCAGCGGCCGACCAAGCUCUUCAAGUUUGGGCGCACCAUCAACCUAGGGAGACGCCUCACUGAAGAGAAGAUCUUGUACGAUAUGCGCAAGGCGGUUAGGCUGUCGACCUUGACGGAGGCGGUGAUCUUGGAUGCGCACGACAACACGUUGGCCGUCGAGCAAGAGAAAGCAAAACAACUGAAGAUGGAUCAUGAUGCCAAGAGAGCGACAUUGGACCACGAUGCGGAAAUGGCAAGACUAAACCACGACGCCGAGAUAGCGAAAUUGGAUCACGAGUACAGAAUGGAGCAACUCAAGCGGAUGAGCCUGAGCACACCAAUAUCGGUGCCUCACCUCAACUUUGAGCAGGAGCAAUAUAGGAGCGUUCUAGCCCCUCAAUAA